GCAGUGGUAUGGGAGCAUGAGAGCCGGGUGAUUUUUCAGCUUCAGCAGUGGGUCAAGACAUCCACCGCUCUGCACCGCUACAACGCAGGGCAAGAGGACGAGUCAACAUCUUGCGAGAUAAGCCCUGUCCAGAUAACGCCUGCUGGGGCGGGUACGACCUGCAAGCUGCCGACCAGCGUUGUGGUAACCGGCUCGCUUGACUGCACCGACAGCGCCUCCUUCUGCUCCGCGCUUCAGUCCUCCCUGCAGCGAAUGGGCUGCUGCCACGUGGCGCUUCUGGAGCCACAUAGCUUCGGCGGGGGAGGGCAGGCAGGGAGUCAAGCUGUGUUGAGCGUGCUGCAGCAGCUGACGGGGAAGGCUGGGAAGGUCCCUGACAUGGCUGCCCUCUCCGCAUGGCACCAGGCUCACACCAGUGCUGGCAGCGGGGGUAGCGUAGCUGGCUGCAGUGGUGAUGUGUGCUCCAUAGCUGUGGUGGUGGCGGACGCGCCUGCAUGCAGCAGCAGUGCCCUGCAUGCCUUGAUCGGUGUCCUCAGCGAGUGGCGCAGCACCCUCCCUUUUGUCCUCAUCCUCACUGGCGUCCACUCCUUGCCGUCCAUCCCCCGCCUCCUGCCGCCCAGCACCCUCCCCCACCUCCACCUCUCCACCUUCCGCCUGCCCUCUCCGCGCCUCCUCCUCGACCCCCUCCUCCUCUCCGCCCUUCUACAGCCCUUGUCCUCCCCUCCCUCACAAUCACCACCAAUCCCUGCAGCAGCAGCAGCAGCCGCAGCAGGAGUGGGAAUAGGAGGAGCAGGAGCAGGAGCAGGAGCAGGAAGAGGAGCAGGGACAGGAGCAGCAGCAGCGGUGACAGUGCCAGUAGUUCUCUCGCACUCAGCCUGGGCAGCACUGUGGGAGUCGUUUGAGCUGCACGAUGGGUCCAUGCAGGGGCUCAAGCGCUGCCUCAAGACCCUCCUUCACAACCACUUCUUCAGCGCACCCUCGCUCGCCACACUGGGUGCAUCUGACCCUCCUCCCGGGUCUGCCCUCCACAGCACCGCUGCAGUGCCACCUGCAUCAGCUGCACCUGCCUCUGCUGCACCUCCCCCAGUCGCGCCUCCCCUGCUGAGCCAAUGGGCGUCCGCUGUUCAGGCGCUCUACCUGCUCCUCCUCCGCCUGCACCUCCUCCUUCCCCACUCCGCACACCUCCUCGCCUUCCUCCUCGCCUCCUCCCACCCCUCUCUCACUCCCCCACACACUCCCUCACCAGAAUCCCUCCUCCGCCUCCUCUCCUCCCUCACCCCUCUCCCUCCCAUCUCCCUCACACCAUCAAUCUCCUCGCCCAUUCCUCCGAAACGAUACAACCCCGCAACAAAUGCGGGUUCGCCCAUCAGCCCUGCACCAGGAGCAGAACAAGGGAGCUGGAGUUCUCCCAUCUCCCCAGCGCCUACAGCAAUUCAGAUUGCCCUCAGAUCAGGGUCGUAUGGGAGCCAUGCGCCUCCUGCUGCUGCUGUUGCUGCGGCCGCUGCGGCUGCUGGUGCUGCUGUGCCAACUGUGGGCCAGGUGUUGAGUCACACGGAGUGCUUGCAGCGCGUGGUGCAGGGGACAAAUGCACUGGCGAGCUGCUCGUUCUGCACUCUUUCAACUCGUGCACCCUCCCUUCCUUCAUGCUUCACACGCCCUGCUUUUCUCCCUGUCUCACACACUUUCCUCUCCUCCCUGUCUCACACACUUUCCUCUCCUCCCUGUCUCACACACUUUCCUCUCCUCCCUGUCUCACACACUUUCCUCUCCUCCCUGUCUCACACACUUUCUUCUCCUCCUGUCUCACACACUUUCCUCUCCUCCCUGUCUCACACACUUUCCUCUCCUCCCUGUCUCACACACUUUCCUCUCCUCCCUGUCUCACACACUUUCCUCUCCUCCCUGUCUCACACACUUUCCUCUCCUCCCUGUCUCACACACUUUCCUCUCCUCCCUGUCUCACACACUUUCCUCUCCUCCCUGUCUCACACACUUUCUUCUCCUCCUGUCUCACACACUUUCCUCUCCUCCCUGUCUCACACACUUUCCUCUCCUCCCUGUCUCACACACUUUCCUCUCCUCCCUGUCUCACACACUUUCCUCUCCUCCCUGUCUCACACACUUUCCUCUCCUCCCUGUCUCACACACUUUCCUCUCCUCCCUGUCUCACACACUUUCCUCUCCUCCCUGUCUCACACACUUUCCUCUCCUCCCUGUCUCACACACUUUCCUCUCCUCCCUGCGCCUGCCAGGCAAGAGUUGGAAGAGGUGGAGAGGAGGCACACGGGGAAGGAGAGAAGCAACGGGCAUCCAGAAAAGCUGCGCAAAAUGACAGGAGAGGCAGGGAAUGCAGGGGAGGAAGGGGAGGUAGCUGAGGCAGGCAGGACAGGAGAGAUAGCUAAGGCAAGAGAGGAAGGAGGGGAUGGUGAUGUGGAGGAGGUUGCAAGCGGGCGAGAGACCGCAGGGAGGGGAGAAGGAAAGGAAGGAGUGAAGGGGGAGGGAGAGCAGGGCGAGGCGAGGGGAGGGGGUGGAGAGUGGGCGUGGGAGGCGGGAGGCGAGGCCAGAGCAGAGAGGAUGCUGGGGUGGCUGGAGCUUGCGUGUGCCAAACUGCCUGAGCCCCUCCGCCUGGUUCAGCAGAUUCAAGCCUCUGUGGAAGCAGCCGUACGCCGAACCAAAGCAGAAAGAGCAGCAGCAGCGGCAGCAGCAGCAGCAGCAGGAAAGCGGAAAGGAGGAGAUUUGAGGGACGAGAAUGAGACGGAGAGUCGGAAUGGCGUGGACGGUACCAAGCUCAGAUCCGGCAAUUCGGCUAAGGGAGGGUUAGCUGGGGGAGGGUCAACAGGAGGAGCUGCGGUGAAAGGAGCAGAUGUUUUGGGUGGGAAAGGCAUGAAAGGAGGGGUGGCAGGUGCGGAUGCUGCGAGUAUGGCACAGAGGGGUUCGAGUGCUGCGAUGAGGAGAAGGUGGGUGGAGAGGGAUGAAGUGCGGUAUGGUAGGGCCGUGCUGCUCCAAUCAGCGGCGGCACCACCGGCAUCAGUAGCGUCAGACCGUCCCGCUGCACCCCGUCCUUCCCUGCAGCAUGCAGCAGCCCGUGCUGCUGCCCCCCCGAGGUCGCUGUGUGACCAGCUGCUGCCACACGUGGCAGGGAAGCUGCAAGCCCUGCUGGCGUGUCUCGUGCGCCUCUGUGCAGCAGACUGGUCCUCCCACCCGCACCUACAGCCGUUCAUAGUCAAAGCCCCUGCAUCCCUCGCAGCCUACCCUGCUGGGGCCGCUGUGCUCUCCUCCCUCCGCUCUGACCUCUCCUUGCAACAGCAGCAGCAGCACGAGGAGGAGGAGGAGGAACAGCAACAGCAACAGCAACAGCAACAGCAACAGCAGCAGCAGCAGCAGCGCGGAGUUCAAAUGCAAUUGAUGGAAGCGCGAACAGCUCUGGAUAUCAUCAGCUUCACUAAACGGCCAUCUCAGAAGGAUCUUAUGCCGCCGCCCCUUGAGUCAUCUCAGAGGCCGCUUCUCAAGGCCCCUCACAAGGCCCCUCAAAAGCAUAUCGUGCCAGCGCCCUCACGCAAAGAUCACACUUUGGGGGUGACUGAAAAGUCGUCUCAAGGAGGUGUGAUACCCGCAGCGUCGACAGCGCAUGACACGGGUCGCCUGGCCCAGUUCCUGGCAGCAGCAUCAGAGCUGCAGGUGCUGGGGGUGCUGCACCCCAUAAAUGUGGCUCGGUUCCUGGCAGCAGUGUCAGAGCUGCAGGUGCUGGGGGUGCUGCACCCUUCCUCCCGCCGCCGCACUCGCUCCAUGCACCGUGCCCUGCUGCCGUGA